AUGUCUCCCUCCGCCGUCAAGAACCAAGACGUCAACCUCACGGCCGCGGCCGUCGAGCGCAAGGAGGUCGCCGCUGAGCAGACCCCCGACCUCGCCCAGCUGGACGCCUCCAAGAUCACCUACACCUACACCAAGAACCCGCGUGAGGUCCCCGAUGAGGCCGUCGCCAACGCCGGCACCGAGACCAUUGCCACCGACCACAUGGUCCUCGCCAACUGGUCUGCCACCAAGGGCUGGGCCGCCCCCGAGCUGAAGCCCUACGGACCCCUCAGCCUCAUGCCCACCGCAUCCUGCCUGCACUAUGCUACCGAGUGCUUCGAGGGCCUCAAGGUCUUCCGCGGCUACGACGGCGGCCUGCGCGUCUUCCGCCCCGACCGCAACUGCGCCCGCAUGAACAUGUCCGCCAGCCGCAUCUCCCUGCCGACCUUCCCACCCGCCGAGCUUGAGAAGCUGAUCAUGGCUCUUCUCGAGGUCGACGGCCCGCGCUGGCUGCCCCGCGACAAGCCGGGUCACUUCCUCUACCUCCGCCCGACCCUGAUUGGCACCCAGUCCCAGCUCGGCGUCCAGGCCCCCAAAGAGGCCAUGCUCUACAUUAUCGUCACCUACAUGCCCCGCAUGGACAGCCCCCCGGGCGGCAUGCGCCUGCACACCUCCCCCGAGGACAUGGUCCGCGCUUGGGUCGGCGGCUUCGGCUACGCCAAGGUCGGCGCCAACUACGGCCCCUCGCUGCUGGCGACCGCCGAUGCUCGUCGUCGCGGUUACCACCAGAUUCUUUGGCUCUACGGCGCCAACGGCGAGUGCACCGAGGCCGGUGCCUCCAAUUUCUUCGUCCUCUGGAAGCGCAAGGACGGAAAGAAGGAGCUCAUCACUGCUCCUCUUGACGACAAGCUGAUCCUUGAUGGCGUCACCCGCCGCUCGGCGGUUGAGCUGGCUCGCGAGCGUCUUGCUGGCGAGAUUGAGAUCACGGAGCGCAAGUACACCAUUGACGAGCUCGUCGAAGCCGACGCCGAGGGCCGCAUCCUCGAGUCCUUUGCCGCUGGCACUGCCUACUUCAUCUGCCCGGUCUCUCAGAUCCACCACCGUGGCAAGGAUAUCAACAUCCCCAUGGGUCCCGAGGGCAAGGCUGGUGAGAUUACCACUAAGAUCAAGACCUGGAUCGGCGACAUCAUGUACGGCAACGUCUCCCACGAGUGGGGUGUUGUUGUCAACGAGAAGGCUCAGCAGUAA